ACCCCUUUUCGAAAAAAAAAAAAAAAAAAGGUCAAAAGAUCAGUUCUGUUUGCCACUGGUACUAGAGAGUAUUGCAUCGUAUUGGCAAUGGCCAUCGUAGAGGAACCUAUUACUUCCAGGCUUGAUCGUUUGGAUCACAUGCUGAGGCACUUGGAGGAAAUUAGAGGGUGCAACAGAUCAUCGCCAAAGAGGCGCUCUUGCGCAUCCAUAGCGUCGAGCGGGACCGACGGGCAUGCAUCAUCUGUAAAUCUGUCCCCAAAGAGCAUAGAGAAGCACAGCCGUCCAAUAGAGCACGUACUAAUUGAAACUGAAGUUAAAGGAACGCUCAUUGAAAGGCUUGAACUUAUAGAAGACCGCGUACUAAAGCUGUGUUUGCAGUUGGAGCUACUAGAGUCAGAGAGGAAAAUAGAGGAGAAAAAUGAAAAGAAGGCCCACAAGCUGAAGGGAUUAAAGCAACUUGUCAAACAAUGUGUGAAGGGAGAAGGAAAAUAUUAAAAAGCAAUGAGUGAUUUUAUAAGAACGAGCGUUCUCUUACUUUUCCUCUCUUGUAUUAUGUCUCUGUGCCUAAAAUCAAUCUCCCAUUUUUAUGAAAGAUUUUUGUGUGUGAAGUGAACAAGAAGCCGAGUUUGUGAGAA